AGCCGGUCGUUAUUUCUAUUUUAACGACAGGAAUUAUUGCUAUUAAUGACGGUAUGUACUCUCGUUAAAGAGCAGUUUUCUUGUUGUGUGUGCUAGGGUCAUUUUAAAGAACCAAAUUAUUCUCAUCUUUUUUCCACUCCCUCAUCUUCGUUGUGUCUGAAAAAGUGUACUGUUCCUCUCGUCUCUUCAGCAACCUAGAAUUCUUCUCUUAAAACCCUUUUACAAAGAAGCUGUAGAUCUUGGCUUCUUUUUCAUCUUCACCAUUUUGGAUCUAGGGUUAUAAGUUCUAACGAUUCCUAUUUUCCUCUUCCUCCCUCUUUCCUUCAUCUCUAUCGCAUCCUCCCCUUCUCUGCUUAGUGCUCACCAACACCUGAUCCAGCCACAUAAUCACCUCCAUCAACGCCUGUUGUCACUAGUACCCCGCCAAUGAUUCCUUUUUCCUCUUCCUCCCUGUCCUCUCUAUCCUCCAGCACUCAACCGUGUAUGUAACCACCACCAUGAGCGCGCGAUGUCGCUGGUAACCUGCAAUCGCUGUGAUCACCUCCCUCACCAAAGCCUCUAUUUUCUCAUGCGGCUCAAGCAUUUCCCGUUGAUUUCCCUUUAUCUGAAAUUUCCCUUUUUGCGGCCUUGAUUUCCUCAUGUGAUUUAGAUUUAUUGGCUUGAUUUAGAGCUAAUCAUUUAAACCAAGUUAAUGAGUGAUACUAGUACUAUAGCGUUUUCUUUUUUGUAGCACUUGUGUAUGAGGUAAGUAUGAAAACUAAGGAAAAGCCAAGUACUUUUGACAAUGCUAUUAAAAAUGCUGGCUUUGAGAUUUAGGACUCACGGAAUCAAAUGAUGUUUAAUUUCCUUCUCUCUCGACUUGUAGGUGGUAACUGGUAUUUUUUUUCUUUGUUUUGGGGUAUAUUAUAUGCAAAUCUUUUUUAUGGUAUUUUAACUCAAUUUCCAAUUAUCAUUAAAAAUUAUCAAUUUUUAAUUAGUCUCAACAAAUGGUCCCAUAGCCUGCACGGUGAGGUGGAGAUUGCUAGUGACUAGAAACAAAAGAAAAGUAGGAAUAUUGUGCACCAUAUGAAAAUUGGUCUUUAAUUUGUGCCUUUGACUUCCAUUAUGUGCUAUGUCUUUACUUUAGCAUAACCUUUAUUCUAGCAGUAAAAAGCACACAACUAAACUCUGGACAUGUCAUAAUUUAGAGAAGUGGUGACACGUCUCAGAUCAGCUUCUUGGUAUUGAAGAUGGAAGAAAUUUUAAGGGCAUCAAUUUGCAUUUGGGUUUAUGACUGGUUCUUUUGGUACUUUUUGUUCAAAGACAGAAUUUGUAUCAUACUCAUUAUUGCUUUGGGAGACUCUUGGAUAUAAAAGAUUAAACAUUUUUGAAUGUUUUAAUAUAUAUUAGUAUGAGAAAUUAUGGUUUGUAUUGUUACUGUAUUAUUUUUUCCUAAUCAAGAUAUUGUAAUUUG